AUGAUGCUGUGGCGGGUGGCGGCAGCGGCGAGCCGAGGCCUGCGGGGAGCGGCGGGACGGCGGCAGUGCAGCGGGGCGGGCAGCCCUGACAGCGGCCCCUCCGAGCGCGGCCCCCGCAGCGAGCGGACCCCGAAAAUCUACACGAAGACGGGAGACAAAGGCUUCUCCAGCACCUUCACCGGGGAGCGGAGACCAAAGGGUGACCGGAUCUUCGAAGCCCUGGGAGCCACGGAUGAACUGAGCUCGGCCAUCGGGCUGGCUGGUGAAUUUAGCAGUGAAAAGGGCCAUGAGUUCAUUGAACAACUUCACAAAGUCCAGUGUAUGCUGCAGGAUGUGGGCUCCAACAUUGCCACGCCGCUCUCCUCAGCCAGGGAGGCUCACCUGAGAAGAACAUCCUUCAGUGAGAAGCCCAUUCUGGAGCUGGAGCAGUGGAUUGACAGCUACUCAGAGCAGCUUCCUCCUCUCAGAGCUUUCAUCUUGCCGUCGGGAGGUAGAAGCAGCGCCGCCCUCCACCUGUGCCGAGCCGUCUGCCGCCGAGCCGAGAGGUGUGUGGUCCCUUUGGUUCAAGCAGGGGAAGCAGAUCCAAACGUGGCCAAAUACUUAAACAGGCUGAGUGACUACCUCUUCGUGUUGGCACGCUACGCUGCCAUGAGGGAAGGGAAGGAAGAGAAGAUCUAUAUAAAGCCUGACCCAUAACUGGGAGCUGGAAUGUUUGUGUCCUUGCUCAUGGGAAGCUAAAUCAAGCAGACUGCUUUCUCUCACCAAGGAAGGGAAGGAGAAUGAGCCUGGAUUGGAAAUGGGAGCUGCUGAGAACUUCCUGCUUCAACUGGGGCCUUGUUCACCAAGUCCUGUGUGGACCAGAGCUGUUCUGUCCUCUGGGCCUUGUCCAGAUAUCCCUGCAGUGAUGGCAUCAGAGCUGCCCAGAGAGUGUCUCCCUCUCUGGAGACAUUCAGAACCUUCCUGGAGGCCAUCCUAUGCAACUUGCUCUAGGUGAACCUGCUGUGGCAGGGGGCUGGACUCCAUCUCCAGAGGUCCCUUCCAACCUCCACCAUUCUGUGACUCUGUUUUUGUUUGCUGUGGCUUGGAGUUGGGGCAGGAGACCUCAAAGAACUGAUUUCUAGGGAUGUCUUCACUUCCCUGGGCAGUGGCAGGUGCUGUGGGGAAGGCUCUGACAGGACUUUAGAGGAGUGAAGAGGAGAAACCCAUCAGGUUCUCUUUGUCAGUCAGAGUGCUCACACAGAACAGCAGCUGUGCAGAGGUUCAGGAGCUGUGUCCAAAGCUCUGAAGAAUAAAAGUGAUUUCCUGAAGAAUAAAAGUGAUUUCCUGAA